UCAAAUCCGUCUUCGAUUCAGCGCAGAAAGUGCAAACAAAUAAGAGACACACGUAACUCACCUUGGUGACGACUGUGUACACGCUUUGUCAAUCAAUAAUCCACUGUCUCGUGGAAUUCACAACAGACAAAAGGUCCUUAGAUGCGAUGGGUCGAUAGUAAUAAUGUUCUUUUUCAAUCACGGUCUUGAGUCAUUCAAUUGGAAGUGUGGAAUCUCUCUCGCCCCCUUUUCACGCAGGCAUACGUGGGAUUGAUUUUUACAUGAAAUCAAUGCAAAAUCUCGAUUUUGGUGAUGCGAGAGAAGAAAUCAGUGCUACGUACUGUGUCAGUGUUAACAUCCUUACGUUGAACAAGUGUUUUAUUACACCAAUAAAAGGUGUUAUGAUUGUGGACAUCAACGGAAAGACAAGACGGUGAUUUGGAAAAUGAGAAAUCCCUCGCAGAGUCGCAGCUCGAGAUAAGAUAUAGCGAUCGAUGGAUCUUGGCCGAGAACAACAAAGAUGUUAGCGGACUCUGCGAGAGAUUGUGAUAAAUCUCAGAGUUAAACGAGGACAAGCAAAUUCGACAUGAUCGACUCGGAGGAGCAAAUAGUGCCUCUUGCGCAUCACAUGACCUGGAUUCAUAAUUUUCCUAAAUGCGACAGCUGCGUCACCAUGAACGCAGCCGAAAAGGGACGCCAUUCACACGAACAUCGCCCAUUUCCACAAGAAUCGGCUCAUCCCCAUGCAGUUGUCAUGGUAAACGGUGAGUCGUCACGUGGAUUGCUUCAAGGUGCAAAGUUCCUUCCUGGGAUCGUGCAAGGAAGAUCUAUUGAGAGGGAGCAGAGGUUGGGGACGAGUCGCACUACGGUGGAUAACAUGCCGGUGCCCAAUCCUGAUAGGUCAAAUUAUCUGCCUCAAAUAUCAACUCGACAUCGGAUAGCCGAUAACACCAGUCCGACAACACGAUUCAAAGUGGGCAUCACAAGAGCUCAACAAAGACUUGCAAAGUCUCUAGAUUCUGAGGAGCAGAGUAAGAUAAGGGCACACAGAUCUAUGAGUUUGCCGUCCAUUUCGUCUGAAAAAAUGACUUCCGGUUCAUCUGGUACUUCUGCUUCAGACAGCGGUGUGUAUGACGUCACAAAUGAGGAGGACGAAGACACAUUCCUCAGCCGGGUAUCCCUGGAGGAAUCCGCCUCAGAGGAUGAAGAAGAUAACAGUAAUCUUACAAUCGAUCCAUUCCCUUAUCAAUCAGAAAGGUCCCCGUACGAAAGUGAAAUUGAUACUGCACCUCCGAAACCAGCGACAAUUAAGCCAAAGAAGAAAAAGAAGAAGGAAAAGCUAGCGCCUCCUCCUCCACCGAAGCCGCGUCCUAAGAGAGCGAAGAAGCCUUUUAAGCGGAAACGUCCGAUAAACUUUGCAGCUCUCCGCCGCCACGAGCAAGAAGUUGCAAGACGUCACCCAAUCAAGAAGCAGUUCUUGUACUCGAACGUUCUGGAGUCUGAACUCAAAAGUUACAUUCCACCUCGAUUGCCCGGCGGGAAGCUCAAAUCUGUCUACAAACGAACCCAAACGGGAGAUAUCAUGUUCCCUCAUGAUCCAAUCACAGUGCAUUAUACUGAACUUAAGAAUGAGUCGGAGCAGGAUACGCAGUCGCCGUGGCAACGUCGGAGACAAGAAGCGCUUCAGGCUUUCUUAGAAAGGAGGAAGAAGUUACUGAAGCGCGUUUCAUCAAACGACAAGAAAAGACGCGUCCGGUUCACUUUGCCUCCAGGUCAUAUAGAUAGUGCCAGCGAAAGCGACGACAAUGCCGAUAAGUCAAACGAUACCAGCCAUGGAAGUGGUGCCGGCAACGAUGAACGAUCAGAAGGUGAUUCCCAAAUAAACGACGAAGACGGUGCUCAACCACCUCGCAUAAGCCUUGUCGUUGAGGAAGCCCUUCGCGCACUUGAGAGCAAACCAUCACGAAAAGAUUCCGAUGAUUUAGUUCAAAACUGGCUGCAGACGACAGAAGACAAGAGCAGUGUCGAAAAAACACCACUCGGCACCAAACUUCCGAAGAUAUCCGAAGAUAUUGUAUUAUCGAUAUCACCUCCGCUUGUUCAUGACGAUCCCCAUCGCCGAUUACACGAUGCGAGCAACAUCACUGUGAAUGUGACUGAAUUUAUCGACACAACUGGUUUAUAAUCGCAAUCCCAGUAUGCACCUAUUGUCUUUAUUGUCCCUUUUCUACAUUUUAAAUGAAUUUUUGUUACACCCCCUUGUUUUCCCAUUUAAAAUCUCUCAUGCUUCCGUCCAAAAUCGAAAAUUCUCUUUUGAUUUUACGCUUUACUGUUCAAAGAUGAACGUCACCCCAUUAAGUGUUCCACGAGGCAAAAGUCGGCAAACUUUAGCAAAAUAGAGAAAAAAGGGUAUCGGUGUUUGAACUGCGUUGUCGGUUGACGGUGACGACAGCGUAUAAUACCUCAGUCACCUUUUUUCAACGGCAGCCCUACGGCGAGUCGAAAAUAGCCGUUUUAACAUUUGUUUUUGGUACCAGCUACAUUAUGUGGCUUGAAUACAAAUGAAUAAAUCGGCUGUUUUCGACUCGCCGUACGGCCGGCGUAGAGCAAAUGUGGCUAUUGUAUAAGGAUGAAAUUCAGACAAUCACAUACUUUAAUAGUCAAAACUCAGAUGCUGAAUUGAUUUAUGUCAAAACUUGUUUUUGCCCUUCGACAUACAACUGGGACAUUUCGGUAUUAGAAUGGCAAAUUGGUACAUAGUUUAGAUAAAUGUAGGUUUAACGUGCACUUAUAUUAAAAAAAAUAUGUUCCAAGUAGUUUAGAAUUAUUCAGUGACAGCGAGGAUGUGCAAAUUUCUUUUAAAAUUAAUACCAUUUUUAUUGACCGGCUUGAUUUCAAAUAUUACUUGUGAUUUUACAAAAACUUAAUUAAUUCGGCAAGUUUAGUGAUUCAGCGCCAUCUAGUGUUAUUGCAAUGGCUGUGAAAAAAAAUCUUGCUUAAAUUGAUUUUUGGCCAACCUAAGAUUGUAUGGUAAGAUGUUAAUUUGAUAUUUUAAUUUGAAAAAAGAGCUUGUAAUCAGGCGUAUGAUUAUAUGAAUGAUAAUUGAUUUCAAACGUUUUAAAGAGCCAAGCUUCGUGAUAACAUUCUGAACUGUUGAGUAUUUCAUAUUACCGAGUAACUGGUCGAGGGGUUCAUGUUCCUAGCUUUCGCUUGAUUGCCACUGUGUAACUAAUUAUAGUAGAUUACUUUCACUUGUUGUGAAGUUGGAAUAAAAGUAGAGUCAU